AUGAUAUUACAACAUCUACAACGUCAGGUCGCUAGCAGAUCUACCGGCCGCAUCACCGCGCAUCCUUACAAGGCCGCCCAGCAGAUCUGGCGACCACAACAACGAGCUCAAUUCCAUAGAGUCUUCGCCCAAAAGACUGCCAACACCACAAGUACUUCUGCGUGGCGACAACUACUUUCGCGAUUCCGCAAUCCCAACUCGCGACGAUGGAACAGUUCACGACCCAACCCCGAUCCCACACCACAACUCGGUAGCCCCGUACCACAACUCUCUUUCUACCAGCGUUUCAAGCAGCUCGGCAAGGAGUACGGAUGGGUCGUAACUGGUGUCUACUUUGGCCUCUCUGCCCUGGAUCUUCCCUUUUGCUUCUUGGCUGUGAGAGGUCUCGGAACCGAUCGGGUUGCUCGCUGGGAGCAUGCCAUUGUUGGCACAAUCAAGGAUGCCGUCAAGGCCGUGAUGCCCGACAUUGGUUCAAAAGCCGACGAGGUUGUAGAAGAGGUUGAGACUGCUGUUGGCAGUCCUGCUGCCAGAGAGGGUAACGUAUGGGGCGUCCCAGAAGCAGAGGCGCGCAACAAGGAGGAAGCAUCACUAUGGACACAAUUCGUCCUCGCCUACGCUAUUCACAAAUCCUUCAUCUUUAUCCGAGUACCGCUCGCUGUAGCCAUCACACCAAAAGUCGUCAAGAUCCUGAGAUCUUGGGGAUGGCAAGUUGGAAAGAAGAAGCUUAGAUCACUCAAGUCGACCAAGCCUUGA